ACAAUUAUCUAUGCAAGGGCGAUCUGUUUUGCCGACUCCUCUCGAGACCAAACAGUGGCGCGCAAACGGGCAUUAUGGUCAGAAGUCGUGCAUGGACCUCUAUUUGUGAAUAGGAGAACAACCCCUGUUCUUUUUGGACCGCCGGCUGGACGAAAAUCGGAGGAGGAUCGAAUUAGUCGGCGUUUUCCCCUCUGAGAUAGCUCGCGCUAGAGAAUACAGUCGGCUUCGACCAUGGAAACUUUCAUCCUGGAGGAAGGCUCUAAAGGGCAGCUGACCGAUGAUCUAACCGGAGGACCCCAAAUAGUUAGCGCUGAUGGAGUCACCUACCGAGUUGUCCAGGUGUCGACGGAAGGGGCCGCCGUCUCUGAGGGAACCAGUGUCCAGCUGGUCGGCGGGAACGGUGUGACCUUUCAAAAUGGCGAAGUUUCUACAACUUCUGCACCUUUCUACGUCAUGAUGAGUUCGGAACCCACAGAAAACGUUAUAACGACAACUCCACCUCGGAUAAUCGUCCCAUCGAAAACCAGUCCCGGUAGCCACCCAGCCCCUCGUAUAACCAAAACAGCGCGAGAUGAGCGUCGACGCGCCACGCACAAUGAGGUCGAACGGAGACGGCGAGAUAAAAUCAAUCUAUGGAUUAUGCGUCUCAGCCGUAUCAUACCCGACUGUCGGAAUUCUGAGGUAGCGGUGACGACGGCCUCGGCGAAAAAUCAAACUUUGCAAUCCAAAGGCGGAAUUCUUAGUAAAGCAUAAGAGACUUGACUUCAUGGAAUCCGACAAGCUUCCAAUUUUCAAUUGAAAACUGACAGCAGCAUCGCGUAGUGACGAGAUGAUAUGGCAGCGGCUAGUCUCAAAUGUUCCGUUCGCUAAGGCUCAAUGCCCUCUAGAUAGUCCACAGGUGGCAAGUCGGCAGGAUAAUCGAAUCCUCCAAACUGACGACGAGUCAGGAUUGUACAUAACGCGAACAACGAAGUUUCCACUGCGAGAAAUACCUGAAUUGUUCAUUUCUAAGGACAUCUCUCUUUUUCCGAUUCGACCGGGCGGGAUUGCCAUCGAUGUUCGUCUCCUCGGAACAGGAAUAGAUUUUGUGAAAAUGCGCAUGCAGGUCGCUCAAAUUCACCGUCGAGAUCUGGAAUCACAGCCGAUCUUCAAAACUGCGAUCGAGUCUAUCAGGCCCAGAGAGCCAUCAGACGCUUCAGACCGUGUGAUAUGAGAGGAUUCUUGUUCACCGAUGGAAGUCUUGGGAGACGGACUCGAGACGGAAAAUCGAGAAAUAGGUAGUGAGAGAGGGAGAUUCCCCCUGUCAUGUGAUAUUGAGUUGAAACGCGAUUAGGGACAGAUGCACCGAGUCCACACUAUCAACUGGAAAUUGCGUCGAUCAUUUUUUGCAACAAGGCUUCCCGAAUUCCGAGUAGUGACUAAGUGACUCUUUGGACUUACUGCUGGGAGCUUCCGUCAUGAAAGACAUAUCGGCUGCGCGAUUUGAUUUAGCUCACCAACGAGUAACGACCGGCUUGACUGUAUUAAAAUCUAGGGCCUAGUUGUGAUUUACAAGACUCUGUGUGCAUGGUAAAGGUUGCAGGAAAUUCCAAGGAACUAAUA